AUGUUGUGUUCUCUCUGCAAACGGCCCUUCGUCAGCGAGAAUGCUCUCGUCCAGCACCGCCGCGACACAACUGCACAUGCCCGGAGCUUCGUGUGUCCUUGCUGCCAUCAAUUCUUCGACAGCAAGGGCACUCUCGACCAGCAUCUUUGCGCCCCGCCUGCGCCUCCUAAAAUCUACAAGUGCGGAGUCUGCCAACAUCUCUUCGCCAGCGAGGACGCUCGUGACCAACACGGCCGCGACUCGCACAACCAUGAUCCCCGCAACAAGUGCGAGCCUUGCGAUCGGUGCUUUGUGGAUAAGCAGGCACUCGACCAGCAUAGUCAACACUCGAGUGCGCAUGAGCCCAAGUACAACUGUAGGUCUUGCAAACGCCCCUUUGUCAGCCAAGAGGCCCUCAACGCGCACAUUAACGAAUCGCGAGCGCACUAUCUAAUCGAACUUUAA